AAUUUCUGAGGAAUUUUCUUCCUUAUAUUCCCAUCAAGAAAACGUCGUUUAAAUAUAUCAUUAAAAGAAAAGGAGAAAAAAAUAUGGAAUCAGAUAGAAUAUUCUGUGGUGGUUAGCCAGUAGCCAGUUGCCAUAUGGCAUUUGUUGAUUGUUUAGGCCCUCGGUCGUCUCAUUCCUCAAGUAAACUAUUGAGUUUGAUUUGGGUGGGCAUGCGAGGGCACAGGUAGGAGUUGUAGGAACUCAUGGGGAGAAUUUUUCUGGUGGAUUUAGAAGGCAGGUGUUACCGGUGCAGAUUCUGUGACACCCCUCUUGCUCUCGCCGACGAUGUUCUUUCUCGGACUUUUAAUUGUCGUAAAGGGAGGGCAUAUCUGUUCAACAAUGUGGUGAACAUAAUGGUUGGGGUGGUGGAAGAAAGGUCAAUGCUUUCCGGCUUUCAUACUGUGGAAGAUAUAUUCUGUUGUUGCUGUGGACAACUGCUUGGGUGGAAAUAUGUGGCAGCGCAUGACAAAGGCCAAAAGUACAAGGAAGGAAAGUUUGUUCUUGAAAGAUGGAGGAUAGCUGGGGAGGUGACUGAGGAAUUCAAUUUGGAUGCUCGACUUGGAUCAAGUGAUGGUGAGAGUCAUUAGGAAUUUGAUGCAACUUUGUGAAAUGAAUGGUGAAAAAUGACAGCAUACAACUUUUAGUUCAUAAAUAAGAGUUUUAGAAGCUAUAAACUAGAGACCUUUUUUAAAUCUCUGUAAAAAGCGCUGGUUUGGAGGAGUUGAGGUGUUGCAUCUAAGUUUUUGAUUAUAGGCAUAUGAUGUCCCCUAUGCACAUCAAACCUUGAUUGCUGCAUUCAGAUGUGAAUCCAUACAAUUAUUUGGAAUGGAUUAAAACCCGGAAAUACCAAUUUCUUUAUUGUUGUAAUGAUAUUUGUUAUUGGAUACAUAA